AUCACAACAGGAGGAUCUCUGGUGACCUUCAUUUCUUUCACGAAGUAUUGUAAGUUGGUGUUUCAAACAAUCUUUUUGCAACUUCGAUACUUACUUCGUUCUUUUCUACUUUUCUCAGAGUAGAUCUUCAACUUUUUGCGUAUUGACGCUGUCCUCUCUUUACAACACAAUACACACACAUACGCUCUUUAAGUUAAUCCAUAUUGAUUUCUUUUACCCUCAUUACUUUCUAACCUUCCUUCCAUUCCCGAUUCAUAUUCUUCGAUUCAAUCUCCUUACAGCAGUGCAUUCAUUCCAAUCGUAUCAAAAAGUGCAAAGCUUACUCACGCCCAUCGCAAAAAUGCAAACUCCAACUCUCAUCACCCUUACUCUUUCUCUUCUCGCUCUCUCUGUAUCAGCCACUCCACCCGCUUGUCUCCUCGCAGCCGUCAAUGAACAAGCUACGCCUUCUGAUUUGAAGGCUCUUUGCGGAACGUUAGAAAAUGCUGUUGUGGGAAAUAUUACCGAGAAAUGUGUGAAGGAUACUUAUGAGGAGGCUGUGAGCUCUUAUAAGAGUACUUGUCUUGAGGGUGCGGGGGUUACAAUUAGUGAGUUUUUUUUUGGUUAGGGAGGAUGUUUCCUGGGUUGUAGGUUUGGAGGGGAUUGAAGAGGAGAAGAGGAGGGAGGCAGGGGUAGUGGGAUUUGUUGAAGGAAUUAUGCGCGCUAUGGACUUGGUGCUUGGGAGAUAUUAGAUAGGAAAUGUGUAAGAGGGAAUAAAAGAGGUACAAUGCUAACUAAAAUCCAACAGCAAUUACAUCAUCCUCCGCCUCCGCCUCCGCCUCCGCCGCAGCUACUGGCACAAGCAAAGCAUCAGGUUCAGCUACCGCAACCGCAAGUGGAAGCGGAGCAAGAAUUACUGGAAGCGGAAGUGCAACUGGUACGAGUGGAUCGACAGCUAGUGCAACAGGAAGUGCUGCUGCUGCGACUGUAACCGCUACUGGAAAUGGUGCUGGACCUUUAGUUGUUCCGGGAUUUUUGGGUGUUGUUGGAUUGGUUGGUGCUUUUUUGUUCUAGAGAGGGUAGUUCUUUGAUUCUAAGGAUGGAAGGGGAGGUCUAGAGAUGUGGAUGCCGGAGCUGAGAAAUGAGGUGAGUGAAGGGGAAAAUGCAGAUUUCUAGAUAAGAUGAAGAUGAAGAUAAAUUUGUGCAUAUUACAUUACAAAGAUACCAGGAUAGU